GCUACCAGUGUCUCCCCAGCCUCCCUCCUGUGUGUACCGGAGUCCUAGCUAGCUAGCUACCAGUGUCUCCCCAGCCGCCCUCCUGUGUGUACCGGAGUCCUAGCUAGCUAGCUACCAGUGUCUCCCCAGCCGCCCUCCUGUGUGUACCGGAGUCCUAGCUAGCUAGCUACCAGUGUCUCCCUCCUGUGUGUACCGGAGUCCUAGCUGUGCACGCCCAUAUGCAGGAACGCCCCAAAUUGCGUGCCGCAAUCACACCCUUCUCAUCUCUCUUCCUCCCCCCUCAGGCAGAGCGAUAUUUGCUACACGGUCUCUUUAAAUUUGGUCAAAUUGGGUUGGUAUCUCCGCGCAUGCUCUGUAGAAAGAGGAAGCUAUCGUUGGAUGAUGUGGACAGUUCAACCGGUGAAAGAAUCUCCCGCUAACUAACGAGCAACCCGGGGCAAAAGAAAGAAUUCAAAACAAUGGAGCGAUGAAAAUGUGUAGCUCUUGAACCAAACAAUUCCCAUUUGUAAGAACUGAGAAAAUAAAGCGAGCCACAAUGAUGUCAGAAUGCGAACCAAACGAGACUGAGCCGGUGGUGGUGGCGGACAUAGUCCCGGUAGCCGCCGCUGCUACGGAUCUUAACUUUCGGUCGCAGGAGCCACUGUCGACGUUGUUCGAUAGGAACACAGUCGGGUCCGGGGCUAACCCGGGGGUCGCGAUUCGGAUCUCGGGUUCGUGCGAAAGCAUUCUAACCGAAUUGGAGACGGACGGGUCUGGGGAAGAAGCUCUGUUGUUGCCUUGUUUAUCCGGAGGCACGUCGUCACCUCGGGGCGCGAGGCAGAAGAGGACGAGGCGGAACCGACGGAGUUCAUCGUCGGAUAAAGAUAACCUUACCUCGCCAGGAAACAGUAGCGGAGACUUUAACCAUUUCCCCAAUGACCCAGAGUUUGGUGACAUCAUUCAGAGGGCGGAGCAAGCCAUUGAGGGCGGAGUCUUCCCAGAGAGAAUCUCUCAGGGUUCUAGCGGGAGCUACUUCGUUAAAGACCCCAAAGGGAAAAUCCUUGGUGUUUUCAAACCAAAGUCUGAGGAGCCUUACGGUCACCUCAACCCUAAAUGGACCAAAUACUUUCACAAGCUGUGCUGUCCGUGUUGUUUUGGCCGUGGCUGCCUGAUCCCCAACCAGGGCUAUCUCUCUGAGGUUGCUGCCUCCCUCGUCGAUACGAGGCUAGGACUGGGGGUGGUCCCCAAAACCAAGGCUGUGUAUCUGGUCAGUGAGACCUUCCACUACAACACUAUCGACAGGGCCAAGUCCAGAGGAAAGAAAUACGCCCUAGAGAAGGUUCCCAAAGUAGGACGACGCUUCCACAGAGUGGGCCUGCCCCCCAAGCUUGGUUCGUUCCAGCUGUUCGUGGAAGGUUACCAUGAGGCUGACUAUUGGUUGAGACGUUUUGAGGCGGAGCCUCUCCCAGAGAACAUCAGGAAACAGUUCCAGUGUCAGUUCGAGAGGCUGGUCAUUCUGGACUACGUCAUCAGAAACACCGACCGAGGGAAUGACAACUGGUUGAUCAAGUAUGAGAAGCCAGGGGAAGGAGGGGGAGAGAAGGCCAUCCAGAUUGCAGCUAUAGACAACGGCCUGGCCUUCCCCUUCAAACACCCUGACGAGUGGAGAGCCUACCCUUUCCAUUGGGCGUGGCUGCCCCAGGCUAAAGUACCCUUCUCCCAGGAGACCAGAGAGCUGGUGCUGUCCCGUCUGUCUGACAUGAACUUUGUUCAGGACCUCU